AAACUAAAAACAUUAUUUCCAAAUAAAAUAUUUUGAAAAUAGUAUUAAAUGUUAACAUUUUACUUACAAGUCAUUAAUUUAUGGCAGCUAACAGGAAUACUUUAUUUUAUUACUUGUUUGCUGUUAAACGCCUCUGUGAUAAGACUAUAUCAACAUUGAACCUUCAAACCUCCCUCAAAACAGGAACCUCAACUGCAAAUAUUUGGCAAUUAAUUCUCAUGAUUCUGUUGGAAAAAAAUAACCUUGAAUUUUAUUUCUUAUCUUCAUAGAUAACACAAAACCCCGUUUACAUACCCACUAACCUACAUUUUCAAUAUAACCCCAAUGAUAAAGACAUGACCGAAAAAAAAAGAUACAACAAAUACAAAGUGUAUAGAAGGUUUUCGCAAACAACUCUAAGAGUUGGAAAACUUUUUUCUUUUCUAUAAAAGAAAACUUGUGCCCACUUUCAGCAUCAAGUCACUCACUCAUCUGAGUAUCACCAUUCCACCGUUAACUUCUUCUAUACACCAACCAACAACAACAACAACAACAAUGAAGUCCUUUAUUUUGACUUUCGCAAUGAUUUCAUACUUUUUGCUGUCGCAGGGUCUGUCAUUGCAGUCUACGAUGACUCCGGCAACAACGACGCAGAAGACGCUUCCAACAACAUCAAAUGUAACCUCAUCUGAUGCCUCUCCUGCAAGUCCUUCUGCUGUUGAAGUUCCUCGUCCUCUUGGCAAGGCAGUACCAUCAGCAGCCACAACAACAACAAUAGCGCCAGCCCCAACAAAGGGUCCCGGUCAACAAUGCAAAGAAAUUGGAAGCGCCUGCAGUGUUAGUGAUGAAUGCUGUUCCCGCAGGUGUACUUCCUAUCGUAGACGUUGUGUAUAUUAAAAAAAAAAAUGAGAAAAAAAUAAAAAAAUAAAUGGAAAACUGACUCGCAUCCUUGCAAAACGAGCUCUAUGCGCUCUAUGUCCUGGCUGCUCUCGGUAUACCUAGGAAGACAAUUAAUGUAUUUUUAUUUCCAUUUGUCUGUUCCAUUUCCCAAAGCAAUUAGAAAACCCAUCAACGCGAUUAGUUGCAUCGUCAUUUGCAAUGAAUCCAAUUAAUUAAUCCUUCGACAAAUAUAGGGGGCGCUUCAGCUGCAGCUCCAAUUUCUGUAUAUGCAUCACUUUUGGCUUGUUUUAUUUGUAAGCUUAUCCAAUCCACAGCUGGCGUUGGUUGUUGCGCCAUGUCGUGUGACUGUCAGCCAUCAUCACAGGAAGUCUUUAUCUUGAUAAUGGUUUUCAUCAUAAGGACGAGUAAAUCGAUGGUAUUCAAUUGUCUGAAGCUUUUGAUAUGCAAAACAGGUGGAAAUCAGUAAAUCUAUCGCUUUUGGCGUUUUCGCACUUUGAGCUUGAAGCAAUUCCGGGAGAAUCAUCCAGAUUGAUCUAAAUAUCUCCUCUGGCGAUGACAGGGAUUUCAGGGAUUUAAUUCG